CUCUCUCUCUCUCUCUCUCUCUCUCUCUCUCUCUCUCUCUCUCUCUCUCUCUCUCUAGCUCUCUCUUCCCCAAUCUAGAAACGGAUACCUCCAGCAGCUGCAGCAUUGUCAUCGUCAGGAGUCGUGGAGUUGCCGUCCAGAUACAUAAAGGAUUGCCGCAAUCUGAAGAUGGGAGUUGAAAAUUAUCAUGUAAUCGAGCUCGUAGGAGAGGGCUCUUUUGGCAAAGUUUACAAGGGAAGACGGAAGUACACAGGCCAGACUGUUGCAAUGAAAUUCAUCAUGAAGCAUGGGAAAAGUGAGAAGGACAUACAGAGUUUAAGACAAGAAAUUGAGAUUCUUAGAAAGUUGAAGCAUGAAAACAUCAUUGAAAUGCUUGAUUCCUUCGAAACCCAACAAGAGUUUUGUGUUGUCACAGAAUUUGCUCAAGGUGAACUGUUUGAGAUCCUUGAGGAUGAUAAAUCCCUUCCUGAAGAACAAGUUCAAGCAAUUGCGAAGCAAUUGGUAAGAGCAUUGUAUUACUUGCACUCCAACCGUAUUAUUCAUCGUGACAUGAAACCACAGAACAUUCUAAUUGGCUCUGGAUCUGUUGUUAAGCUUUGUGAUUUCGGGUUUGCACGUGCCAUGUCCACAAAUACUGUUGUUUUGCGGUCCAUAAAAGGAACUCCUCUAUACAUGGCGCCAGAACUUGUGCGAGAACAGCCAUACAACCACACAGUUGAUUUGUGGUCACUUGGAGUUAUAUUGGAGAUACAUACUUCAAGUGUUGCAGCCAGGGGAUGCAACUCCGCAUGGAAGGGUCAAGGAAACAUCAUCCAAAAGCCAGUUGGUAAAAGCAAUUCUCCUGCUGUUUUAGAGAAUAAUAUAGCUCCAAGCAUUCAGAACAAUGUUCGAUCAAAUGGUGAUACAGCAGUGGGAGAAUCUUCGCUGCAGGAAGAUUUCUCUGGAUUUUCAAGUCCCAACAAUGUUAAACAUUCAGGUAGCCAAAUUUUAGACAGAUUAGAGAAUAACUCCCGCACGGUUAAGGGUGCACAAAUUAUUGGACAAGAUAGUGAAGCACUGGCUCUUGUUCUGGCACCCAUGAAAAGAUGGUCAAAAGGAUCUCAAAACUCUGGCAGGGAUCAAGAUCUUUUGAACUCCGCCCAGUCACUGAGAAUUCUUUCCAACUUAGUUGUGGCUAGGGCAAUCAACUCUAGUGGGCUUGUUGAUGAAGCAAUUCAUGUACUUCUUGAUUUCACUGCUGUUAUGGUCAAUUUGAAGUCAUCGGAUGUCAAUGACUUGAUGGCAAAGAGCUUUUCUAUUGUUAAAAUUUUGGUAGAUAAUAAUGGAAGCAGUAUUUCAAAUUCAAGUUUCAGGCACUGGGUUGCUUUGGUCGAAAUUUUCUCACAGGUUAUUGGGAGGAACGACGAUGCGUCUGGAAGAAUUAUGUCUGAGUCGUGUGCUUGCAUUUCAGCCAUAUUAUCUGCAGCAGCUCAGGAUUUGAAAACAUGUUCUACAACUUUUCAUCCUGACGCAGUUUCUCCUCCUGGGGUUAAUGAAACACUAAAACAGGUUUUGGACCAUGCUAAAACAUCACAGUUAGUGGAUCAUUUGUGUCUCUGUCUAGCAUCUUCAGGGUCAAGUCUCAGUUCAGGUUCUUCAAAUUUGUUGCGUGCUGCUAAUGACGCAUGUUGGGCAAUCUGG